AUUUAAUUACCACUAUAACACCACCCAAGUUCCAAAAAUAAUAAACAAUAAAAAUAAGUGUUAAGUGUAAAUGGGUGAGAGAGGUGGCAGCAGUGGUGGCACCACCACAAGGCUCCUCCAGACAGCUGCGGAGGACGGUGGAGAGAGGAAGAGUGAGAGACCAAAGGAGCCUUGGAAAGGAGAGUAUGUGAAGAGCAUGGUUUUUGCAGGGCUUGAUGCCAUUAUCACUUGCUUUUCUCUCAUUUCCUCCAUCUCUGCUAGCACUAGUUCCUCUGUGCAUGUGCUGGUUCUUGGGGUCUCAAACCUAGUGGCAGAUGCAAUAUCAAUGGGGUUUGGGGACUUUGUGUCUGCUAGCUCUGAGCAGGAUGUGAUCAUUGAGGAAAGGAGAGUGACAGAAUGGGAUGUCAUUAACCAAAGGGACAAAGAGCAAACAGAGUUGGUCAAACACUAUCAAAAUCUAGGGAUGGACUACAAUGAUGCAACCAUGGUUGUGAACAUAUUCACAAAGUACAAUGACAUUCUAGUGGAUCAAAGAAUGGUAGCAGACAAGGGAAUGCUGCCAGCAGACCAAGAAGUGAAGCCCUGGAGGAAUGGCCUUGUGACCUUUGCAUCCUUCAUGCUCUUUGGCUCAACUCCUUUGCUCUCUUUCAUCAUCCUCAUACCAUUCACUGACAAUGACUCUGUCAAGUUUCUCAGUGCUUGCAUUGUUUCUGCACUUGCCCUUGCUCUUCUUGGGGUGGCAAAGGCAAGGAUUGCUGGCCAAAACAUCAUGCUCUCUGCGGCUGUCACACUUCUCUGUGGUGCCAUAGCUGCAGCUUCGGCUUAUUUAGUGGGAUGGUUGCUUAAGCUUAUGGCAGGACUAGAGAGUUGAUAAAGCUAGAGUUGAAUUUAAUGGAUCUCAGAACACUUUUUGGAUAAAUGUAGCUGAUUUAAACCAUUACCAGCCUAAUAUACUGAUUAAAAAAACCAGCCUAAUAUUUAUAUUUUUGGUAGCUUAUGAAUGCACUUAAACUUGGUAUUUGUUCAUA